GAUGUAUAGGUGGGGUUGUUUUAGGAGAGGUGUGCAGUGGAUUAUUGACAAAACAAGUGGUGACGUUCCAUUCACUGGCACUCUGACUUAUUGAGCCACGAGAACGCUGGGAAUUUAACCAUAGAUGUGAAAUUCAAUAGUACCCAUGACAGUGUGUGCUAUCAGAAGUAAAUGACAGUUUACAUGACCAGCAGCCAGCAACAUGAGGUGCAAGCUCACUAAGAACUCAACAUGGCUCUCCAAAUCCUUGCUGCAUACAUUCCUACUUGGAUUUACCUUUGUGGGCCUUGGUUCAAGUCGGGUGCUGCUUGUGAAAUUUUCUGCUAAUGAAGAUAAUACAUAUGACUAUGUUCCAGCUACAGUGAAUGUAUGUGCUGAAGCUGUUAAGCUUAUCUUCUGCAUGAUAAUGGCUGUCAGGAUAAUUAUAAAAGAGAAACGGCCGCGGAGAUGCAGUGUGUGCCUUUCUUUAAAGGAGUUUUGGAAAGUCAUCAAAUGGGCCAUUCCAGCAUUUCUAUAUUUUCUGGAUAAUUUAAUCAUUUUUUCAGUUAUGAGCUACCUGCAACCAGCUAUGGCUGUAUUGCUUUCCAAUUUUGUUAUCAUCACAACUGCAAUAUUCUUCAGGUUAAUUUUAAAACGCCAUCUUUCAUAUGUGCAGUGGGCAUCUCUUCUGAUUCUAUUCCUCUCUAUAAUGGGACUCAAUUAUCAAAGUGGAACCAAUAGCGAGGUAUCGGUCCAUGGAGUCCAUCAUAUAUUUCACUCCACCCCAUCCAAUGGCUGUGUAUAUUUGUCAAAGUCAGAGACUGAAGACAAAGACUCUCAAAGCACAUCACUCAACUAUAUCACUACCUUGAAAUAUUUUCCCAUCAGCCUCGGUCACCUUUUGAUUCUUCUACAAUGUGUUAUUUCUGCUUUGGCAAAUAUCUACAAUGAGAAAAUUCUGAAGGAAGGAGACCAGGUUUCUGAAAGUAUUUUUGUUCAAAACUGCAAACUUUAUGUCUUUGGCGUUGUGUUCAAUGGCCUCACUCUGGUUCUGCAAAAAGAACACUUCAAUAAGAUUAAGUCCUGUGGAUUUUUCUAUGGCCAUAAUGGGUUUUCCAUUGCACUUAUUUUUGCCACUGCUUUUGUUGGACUUUCAGUGGCCUUCAUAUUAAAAUUCAGAGACAACAUGUUUCACGUCCUUACUGCACAGCUAACAACUGUGAUCAUUACGUUUGUCUCGUUUUUUGUGUUCAAUUUCAAGCCUUCCAUGGAAUUCUUUUUUGAAGCUCCUGUUGUUAUUCUCUCCAUCUUUAUUUAUAAUGCGAGUAGACUCUCGGAAUCUCAAAGCCCUACCAGAGAAAAACUAAAAACUGUGAAUGGCAAAGUGUGGGAGCGUCCAAGAGGAGAUGGCCACGAACUUGAGGAACUGACCAGAGCAGAUGAAUAUUCAGAAACUGAUGAUGAACUUUUCUAACCAAAAAGAAGAAAAAACUGGAUACUGGAAGGAGAACUGCAAUUUUGUAUUUUCAAUGAAAAGAUAGUUCCUCGGUGCUUAUGGGUCUGAGGUGUUUUGUAUGUCCUGGAGUACUUGAAAUUGAUGCAAGGGAUAUUUUAAUAUCCGAUUAAUUUAAAUAAUAAUAUGACAAUAUUCAAUGUGAAAAUAAAAUCGUAGUUUCCUUGCCACCUCAUCCUCAGAAUGAAUGUAGUUAAAAAGUAGACACUUUUUAGUAUUUAUAUAGCGCCUUUCUCCCAGUGAGACUCUAAGCACUUUGAAGCACUGGCUCUAGGAAUUAACCGCAGCUGAAUAAUAAUAGAUAUUAUUAUUACCCAAGUGAUGGUAAUCAUUUAUCGACCUCAGAAUGAUGAAGAGCUGAGUUGACCCUGCGGGAUUUGAACCUUUGACCUUGCUACAGGCUCUGUAGUGAGGGAAUUUACCAACUGAGCUAUAAGCCUACCUGUGUUGUAGUAAAACAGUUCCCACAAUGCUUUGCCAGUUUAUAAUGUGUAUUCUAUAACUGGAUAUCUGCCAGGUCUAAAAUGGUGGCAAAAAAUGAUUUUACUAGGGUGGCUUUUGCUGGUGAGAAGAAAAGUGGAUUCUGGGAUCAUUUAUAGAAAAGAUUGAUGUUAGAACUUUAGGUACAUAGAAUGCAGAGUUUAGAAACCAUACUCUGUAAACUGUUUGGUUAAUAGGACCGACUUUCUUAUUCUAUAAAGUUACUUCUCUUCUGAUCUAUAUGGAAGUUUUGAGUAUAUUUUCUAAACAAGUGCCUUAUCUAAUUUUUUAACAAUUUGGAAUAUGCUUUAUGUUUGCAAGUUUCGUUACAUACAUAUAACUUGAUUACAAACUAAGAAUAAACCUUCUAAUGAAUAUUGAAAAUAUUGUAUUACCAAAGUUAUUUAAAGCAAUGGAUAUUGG